CAGAGACAUUCACUCCGUCAGUGGAAAAUCCAGCUGUAGCUCAAAGUGACUCGUCUCCUUGAGUAAAUUCAACUAAGACUUUACCUUUUUCUCACCCUUCCCAUUUCUUUCAUGUUUAUGCUUUCUUUUGAACUUGAAUACUUUGAGAGAUCUGCCAUGAGGACUGGUGAGGGAACAGGUGAUGUGCUGAAGAAGUGUAGAAGUUUUUUUUCCAUAGAGCUGCAACCCCUGCCUCUGAUUCAUUUAAAGGCUGCGCAACUGAACACAGCACUGCCGCUUUAGUCAUUAUUUCUCUUUAUUGUGUGAACUGGAAUUUUUGGAAGUAUUUUAGAUGGAAUGCCAGGAUUUGUUGUAGGCAAGGAUUCUGAAUAAACUCCUGGGAGAAUUCAUGAGUUUCACAAGUGUGCACCAUUCUCAUUAUAAAUGCUAAACUUCUCUUUUCUGGGAGCCAUUCACUCUGUGCAAUCAAAACAAGACAUGACCACCAUGUCAGUGGAGUCCCUGGGGGCAAUGGUGGAUGGAGUUCCCAAUGCCACAGAGACACCAGUGGAAGUAUCCACUGAGGAUAUGGCUGCCACAUUCACCAUUGGCACCCUCCUGUCCCUCGUGUGCAUCAUGGGUGUGUCAGGAAACAUCUACACCCUGGUGGUUAUGUGCCACUCCAUGCGCUCAGCUGCCUCCAUGUACAUAUACAUAGUCAACCUGGCUCUGGCGGACCUGCUCUAUCUGCUUACUAUUCCCUUUGUGGUGAGCACACACUUUUUGAAGGUCUGGUACUUUGGUGAUGUAGGAUGCCGGACUCUCAUCAGUAUGGACUUUCUCACCAUGCAUGCAAGCAUUUUCACUCUGACUGUGAUGAGUAUGGAACGAUACUUCGCUGUACUCAAGCCUCUGGAUACAGUGAAACGCUCUAAGAGCUAUCGGAAGGCCAUCGCCAUGCUAGUGUGGACAGCCUCGUUGAUUCUAACCCUUCCUAUGAUUAUUGAUGUAGAGUUGACAACAAAAAACUCCAAGUUUAUGUGUCAGACCACCCUAAGUCCUCUUUCUUACAAGAUCUACAUCACAUCCCUUUUCUGCACCAGCAUUGUGGCUCCAGGGGUCAUAAUCGGCUACCUAUACAUUUGUCUGGCCCGUACGUACUGGAUCUCACAGACGGAGACCUUUAAGCAGACCCAGAGGCUGCCUAACCACAAAGUGCUGUACCUCAUCUUUACCACUGUGCUCCUCUUCUGGGCCUGCUUCCUGCCCUUCUGGAUCUGGCAGCUCAUGGGUCAGUUCAAGACAGAAAUGGUCCUCUCCCCCAAGGUCAAGCGCAACAUCAACUACCUUACCACCUGCCUCACCUACAGCAACAGCUGCAUCAACCCUUUCCUUUACACUCUCCUGACCAAGAACUACAAAGAGUACCUUCGGAAGCAGCAGAGGACCUGGUCAACUGUGGGUUAUUUCAACAGAAGGAACCGUUUCCAGACGUCGCCGCGCCGCUCCCUCUCUACCAGCAGCCAGCAGUGCACAGAGAGCUUUGUGCUCACACACAUGCCGCGCACCAACAGCAGCAGUGUGUGAGGUGAGUUUCGAUGCUUUUCACUGCAGUCGCAUCAUCCCUGGAGAGCAGUCUGAGAAACAGACUGGGCAUUGAGUUACAUCUAGAAAACCGCUCUGAAUAAAACCCUUUGUUGUCUACAUGCAUCUGCUUGCUUGAACUUCUGUUGUUUUGAUUUUGUGAAUUUUAGUAUUAUGCUUUACAUGCAUCUCAUUUCCAUAUUUACACUUGCAACACAUAUAAGCUGCAGCUGUGAUUUAAGAACCUUGUAUACUUGGAGUUCCUUGUUUUUUUCACUGCAUCUUCUACUUUCUUCAAAAUAACAAAAUGACAUUGCCAGAGAGUUUUUGUGACUGGAGAGUGUUAAAACAAAGCUGGUACAAGUUAAUAAAGAAGUAAAAGUGAGAGAUCAGGUUUUUGAAACACUUGAAGCAAGAAUGCAAAAAUAAAUUACCACUGCCCUGAACAGAAGAGCCUGUCCCCAGACAACUUGAAGAGACAGCAAUCUGAGUGAUAAGAAAAUUCUAUCAUUUAUAGAGUACAUUUCCAAACAAAUAAACAUUUUUGUUAUGUAUAACACUGAGGACAUGUAAUUUUAUCUGUACAUGAAUAAAACAUUUUUCAAGACUAAAAAGUAAGGUGCAGGUGUAUCAUUUACUCACAUCUUAAUUGAUUCUGUUGAUCAUUAAAAACAUGUCACAUGAAUUAAGGCUCCACUUUAUAUUCUCAGUGCCAAGGUCCUUUCAGUUGAACUGCUACCCUGUGGAUGAGAUACAACAGGUUUAUUGAAUAACUAGAAUGCCAGAUGUUCAAAGAAAACAGUCAUAAAGUAGAGAUUAUGAACUGUCUAGCAAGG